AUGUAUCCUAUAUCCCUAGCUAGUGAAAGAUAUGGAGAGACCCUUACAAGAAAAGCUUGGGUCUACAGUAGUCCCGGAGAACCACAGAAAGUUCUUAGGCUUGUCAAUGGGUUUCCCGGUUUUAGAAAUGAAUAUCUAAAACCUGACGAUGUUAUUGUCGAUGUCGUGGCUGUGAGCGUUAAUCCGGUUGAUUACAAACUUAUGCGAACAUACCAAUUAGUACAUAAGGCAAUGCAAAAACCGCCUGUCAUUCCUGGCUUCGACUUUGCUGGAAAGGUCGUUAGUACAGGCACCAGCGUUACCGGCUUGAAAGUAGGCGAUCGUGUUUGGGGGAAACAGUCCUUAGCCCUCCAAAAGAAUAGAGGAGGAACACUCACGAAUCAAGUUCUUACUGGUGUUAAUUGUUUACAUACUAUACCUGAUUCCAUUAGCUUCAAUGAUGCUGCCGCUUUUGGCACUGCCGGUCUCACUGCUUGGGAGGGCUUGGUCGAACACAUGCACGUUAAACCUGGACAAAAGGUAGUCAUUCUUGGAGGUAGUGGUGGUGUCGGAACUUUUGCUAUUCAAAUUGCAAAAGCCCUCGGCGUGGAAGUAACCAGCAUUAGCUCAACAACAAAUUUACAAUUGUGCAAGUCUUUAGGAGCUACUCAUGCGAUUGAUUACAAGGUCGACGACGUUGUUGCCAGGCUGGCUGAGACCGGUCCCUACGAUUACGUUUUUGACCUGAUUAAUGACAAUGGUCUGUACAACGCAGCCUCCAAAUUUUUGAAGCACGGAGGGGCUUUUUACGGUAUCGCAAGUGAUAUUUCUCUGGGAUAUAUGGGUAGUGUUAUAUCCCGCAAACUAAGACCUAAAUUAUUUGGCGGUAGCUCCCAUGCUUACCAUGAUUUUCUUGAGCAAGCGAAGCCGGAAACAAUUAAAGCGUUUUCUGGUUUUAUCGCUACAAAUAAAAUAGAGACCGUUAUUGAUAGCGUUUACAGUUUCGACCAUGCUCUUGAUGCCUUCGAACGCGUGGCUAGUCACCGCUCCCAAGGAAACGUAAUUGUCACGGUCGGUUAA